AGCCUUUUUUUCAACGAAUUUAAAAAUUAGAAAACGAAUUUUAUCCGAAUUAUACCCGUACCGAAUUUUUGCCGAAUCCGAAUUAACUAACUAUGCUCUCAACCUCGCACACGAUGGCCAUACUGGGAAGGAUUGUUCGCCGAGGUGAUCCCUCUUGACGUCGCACCUCCGCGGCGUCUCUGCCCUCCUCUCCCGCUUUCGCGCUAAGAUCUCCAAACUCCGCUUCUUCCUCCGCCAUCCGUCCCCUCUCUGCUCGAAGCAAGCGCACAUCAACCGCCUCUAGUGCCCCUUCUGCGCCCUCGACCUCCGCGAGCUCGCCAGCGCCUUCGCAUGCAACGCGAUCCAUCAUUUGGCAAGCGAAGAACAUCUGAGGAACUAGCUUGAUCAAGUCGAUUUGUUUAGUGUUUUGGAGGCGGAGCUGCUCAAGUUUCAGUUGGCGCUGAUUGGAAAUGCGGGUUUGAAAAUGUUCUAAACCGAAAGACUUCAAUAUUGUUUAGGUUGGGUCUAAGAAAGCCAAAGAAAAACUGUCCCAGCUAAGAAUUGAUGGCCAAUCAAGAGAUUUUACCUGGAAGCACGAUAAAUACGGAAUCCACCAAACCUCGGAUCCUCCUCGCUGCUUCUGGGAGUGUGGCUGCGAUCAAAUUUGAGAGCCUUUGUCGGAUUUUUUCUGAGUGGGCCGAAGUUAGGGCAGUGGCAACCAAUUCAGCCUUACAUUUCAUAGAUAAAAAAGCACUUCCAAGCAAUGUGAUGCUUUUCACUGAUGAUGAUGAAUGGUCUAGUUGGAAGAAGAUAGGAGAUGGAGUACUCCACAUUGAGCUGAGGAAAUGGGCAGACAUUAUGAUCAUUGCCCCGCUAUCGGCAAAUACCCUUGCAAAGAUUGCCGGUGGGCUAUGCGACAACCUUUUGACGUGCAUUGUGCGAGCGUGGGAUUACAACAAGCCUCUCUACGUGGCGCCAGCGAUGAACACCUUCAUGUGGAAUAAUCCAUUCACGAAACGCCACCUAGAUACGAUCGGCGAGCUCGGUAUAACUCAGAUCCCUCCGAUCGCUAAAAGGCUAGCUUGUGGGGAUUAUGGGACUGGUGCAAUGGCCGAGCCUUCAGAGAUUUAUACUACUGUUAGACUCUCUUACAAGCCGCGAGUCGUUGUUGAUGAGUGUAGCUGAUAAUGCACUGAGGUGCUUUUAUUUUAAUUCUUGUUAGUGCAGCAUUCUAAUUCUAAUUUAGUCUCUGACUGUUGUAAAACUCGGUCGUUUUAGCGCUCUGAAACCCUAAAUUCAUGGCGGGGUUAACUUUUCAAGGUUUGUAAAGUGUAAGCCAAAAGAGAAUGUAGUGAAAUGUAACAAAAGUAUGAUUGAUUAUAUAAAGUUUUAUCCUAAUAAUAUUUAUUGCCA